AUGGCGGAUGGCAACACAGCGGAUAGCUGCGGGGGUGCGGUGAACGGAGAAGAAGGGGAGCUUGGGAAGAGCCCACCCAAUGCGAAGCAACCGAAGAAUGGAACAGCUGUGGAAAAGUCGGACAUGGGAUGCAAAGCCUCAUUUGAUAUAUUUUCGUACCUACAUAAGGUGUAUGCAAAGUAUGGACUAUACGAAGAAGACAUGGAUAGGUUCCUCCUUUACGUGAAGAGAAGGAGAGCCAAAUUAAAAGGGAAGGUAUUAUAUAAAAUGAAAAGAGUGGGAAAUAAAUAUAUAACGAGAUUGUACGAAACGGAUAAUGUGGAUGAAAAAUUUCUUGAGUUGUUGGUACUUGAUGUAGAGGCAUGUCGAUGUAGGUACAUAAAAAUAAAAACGGAUGUGAAUAAUUUAAAAAUACCUUACAGAUCGACUUAUUGUUAUUUGAGGAGAUUGAAGAGAGCUAUGGAUAAAGUGAUAUUUAUGAACCACUCCGUUGGAUCCACUGUGGAUAAGAACACCGAGUUGCAGAUUAAGUGCUACAGUGCGUAUGUACAAGCAGCGUACCUGUUGGAAGGGAAGAAAUUUGAGGAGGGCGUAUCAAAGGUAGGGGAGUUCACCAAGCUGGUGAAGCUGGUCAAAAGGGCCAUGCUGAAUGAGAUCGUGGAGGGGGAGCGCUCAAUUGGGGAGGGAAAAAAAGAUGACGGAGAAGACGGCGGUGGUGUUGGUGGCAGUGACGAUGGCAGUGGCGGUGGCAGCGGUGGCGGUGGCCGUGGCCGCGGAGGAGAAGCGGAGGGAGGGGGGUCACCCGAAGAACGCAGACCCAGCCGAGCCAGCCAACACACCCAAAACGACCUCACGGAAAACACCCUCAUGAACAGCAAAGGCAACCUACUCAUAGAAGCGGAAAGACGAAUCGACGAGACGUUCGAUUACUUCCUCUCCGUCAUUCACUCAUUUGAACGCAUUUGCUUAUACAAUUUGAAGAAAAAUAAAUUAAGCAACUUUGAUGAAAAGUUACAGGAUGAAGAAUUACAACUAGGAGAGAAGAAAAAAAAAUCAUCCAUCACAGAAAUGACAGACAUGAGUAAGGACAAAUCGACGUAUAGAAAACUUGAAAUUUUUAUGAGUGAAAAUACAGUACAGAUAAAAAUUGAACAUAGUACUUAUGAACUGAAGGGGAGUGGAGACUCCAAUCAGGGAGACUACUCCAGUUUGCUUAAAAUAAAGAAUGCGUUGGAUAAUGUGAAGAAUGUAAUCCCGAUGGAAGAAAUAAAAAAUCUGUCAGAAGAUACCAAUUUGAGAGAAGUCAUGUCGUGUGUGAAUAAAAAAGAUUUUCCACUUUUUCAAUUUUUAAAUUCAUAUGAAGCCAAUUUUAUUGUGCAUAAUUAUGGACAGGCAUUUGCAAAAUAUUAUGAAUGCUUAACAAUAAUUCACGAACAGUUAAUCAAAUCAACGGGGGGGAAUAAAAAGGCAUCAUCUGUGAGUGGUACUCAACAGAGUGGGGGAAGCCAUCUAAAUGAAGAUGAAAAAAUGAUGGAGAAGAUUUGGAACCACAUAGAACAGUACCUCUCUUGUGAAAAGUUAUGUGCAGAUACGGAACGCACUCUCCUUGUACUGAUGAAAUUUUUAUUUUCCAUAUACUCAGCUAGCCAUUUGAAAAACUUUUCCCUUGGAAAUAAAAAAAAUUUUGGAGAUAUUAUCGAAGAAAUGCCCCUUGUUCACACAGGAAUUCGAUACGCUGAUAUCUUAAAGCAGAAUAUCGAUGAAUUGAACAAAUUAAAACAUAAUGACGAAAUUUUUAUUAACAUUUUACAAAUAAUUAAAAAUGUCAAAUCUUUUUGUCUCGCUUGUCAUUACGCAUUGGCUGGGAAAAAUGCAGAGGCACAUGUACUCUUCGAUUUAGUUAAAACGAGAAAUUAUGUAUACACAAAACUGCAACAAAUUCAAAUGGUCCAAAAUGAAGCUUUAUUACGAAUUACAAUUCUCUUUAACCGACUACAGGACCUCAUUUCGUUGGUGAAAACCAAAUGCGUACCAUCUAAUCAGAAAUUAUUUUCUGUGGAUAAUUCCUUUUUUGAACAGAAAAUGAUUCAAAUGUGCAUGGAUCCCCUGCGUAUUGACAUGAUGCAGUUGUGUCGCGACUCCGUUUUGCUCAAUCCGGAUGCACACAAGGAGGAGGAAAAGUCCUCCGGGAUUAGGGGCCUGCUUCGCUCCUUCUGGAAAUAG